AUGGCAAUUUACAAGUACAGAGCUGCAGCAUACAGUGGUGUGAGAUCUUAUAGCGGCGCGGCAACCGGUGCCGUGAAACUUUGUUCCGUAAUCGCCUGCACAAAUGAUACUCUGGAAUCCUGUGGUCAAAGGUUCUCCCAGUAUUCGACGAAAUCGGCUGCUGUCUUUAAAGAAAUGACUAUAAAUGUGUAUGUGCUUAAACCAAGUACAGAUACCGCUACGUCAGCGAUGAAUGUAGUGUAUUUUCCCGUCAGCUUGGACACAGGUCUCAUGCCGUUAAAACCUGAUUUUUACGAAUUUAGUGAAUUAGAAGUCCCUAGCGCUACACUAUACUCGUAUUACGGCUAUAGUUUGAAAAAUUACGACGGUGAACUAUACAGUUUUGCGGUGUGGGGAAGGGAAUACACUACCGAAGAAGAAUCUACAACAACAAGUACAACCACAACCACAACCACAACAACCCCUGAACCUGAUGUCACUCAAAAUCCUACCACUGAAAGCCCAGUCACUCAAGACACUACCACCAAAGACCCUGUCACUGAAGACCCUACCGUUGUAGAUCCUACCACAGAAGAUCCUGAUGGAGGUUCAUCCAAUAAAUCUACGCCUAAUGACAGAAAUUAUGUUGGCGCUGUGGUCGAAUAUCUGGAGAACACAAAUUCGAGCAUUAAUUUGCAAAAUUAUGUACAACUAAUACAAGAUGCUGCUGUACAGAGUGCUGACAUAAUUGUAUUUCCUGAAUUAACAUUAACAUUACCAAACUAUGUUGAAGUUCCUGUCAACGGUCUUUUAAAAGAUUACCCGACACCGGCCCUACAUCCAGAACUUUAUAAUGAGUUUCUGGUUGCCAUAUCAUCAGCGGCAUUGGAGAAUGAUAUCUAUGUCGUCAUCAAUGUGGAAGAGUUACUGGACUGCAGCAACGGAGCAGUUGAUGGGGAAACUUGUCCAGAAGAAAAGGCUUAUGUUUUCAACACCAACGUAGUAUUUAAUAGAACAGGAGCUGUUAUUAAUAGAUAUCGUAAAAUAAAUCUCUUUGGUGAAACCACACGCACUCCACCAUUUACACCUGAGUUAGGAAUGUUUGAGACUGACUUUGGGGUCACUUUUGGGCACUGCACCUGUUUCGAUUUGUUAUUCCAAGUGCCAGCUAUCCAAUUGGUCCAGAAGUACAACAUUACUGACAUUGUCUCUCCUAUCAGAUGGUAUUCAGAAAUGCCAUUUCUGUCUGCUGCAUCGGUACAACAAGCAUAUGCUUCUGUUAUGGACGUGAAUUUAUUAGCAGCAGGAGCUAAUGAUGUUGACAAAGGAAGAUCGGGGUCUGGAAUUUACUCCGGCAGAAAUGGCGCUCUACUUAGUGUGAUGACUGGAAUCCCUACUACUCAAUUGCUUGUUGCUAGGAUUCCUAAGAUACCUGGACGGGUAAUUGGUGCAAUCCAGGGGCCAAUCUAUAACGACCCAACAGAUCAGGACGGGCUACAUCAUACGACUGAUCUGUCUAUACCAUUCCACAAGACGAGACUAUUGAGACCGGACACUGAAUACGAGUUUACGCUUUUCGACAGAGAUGUCGUGUGCAACUUCAACCUCAAGUUUACUAAUAGAAACGGAACUAAAAAUUACAGAUACAGGGCAGCAGCGUUCAGUGGAGUCAGAACAUAUAACGGGUUUGCGUCAGGAGGCUCGAGACUAUGCGCCAUAUACGCCUGCACCAACAAUACCAUAGAAUCUUGUGGUCAAAGAUUCCCGGAAUAUUCACCGAACUCCACUGUGAUAUUUGAAAAUUUGGAAAUAACCGCAUUUGUGCCUAUACCACAGACAGACAACAAUCUCUCAGCGAAGAAGGCGGUAUACUUCCCCGUCUCUUUAGACACAUCCCUAAUGCCUGUAAGACCUAACGAUUACGUUUUCUUCGAAGAAGUACGAGAAAUACUGGAUUCUUACACCGUUUAUAUGUUCAGUCUUAGAAAGUUGAACACUGAGUUAUACACAUUUGGUAUGUGGGGAAGGGAGUAUACAACUGAUGGACAAGAACCUACCAAUAAUGGGAAUACUGAUGAUAGCGCCCCUGAUUCAUCCGAUGUACAUCGGUUACAUGUAACACUAAUAAUACUUCUUGCCUUAUCAGUUUUUGCCUUUUAAACAUUGAUAUAAUAUGCGACGCAUAGCAUAAGUGUAAACUAGUUCUAAAUUUUAGUAUAUAGGAUAAUUAAUUGACAGACCAAGCUAAUUUUAAGCUGAUGGUAAGUGGACAACCAUUGCCUUUAAAUGGAACAACACUUGGCAGAGCCUGCAAGGUAUACGUCCAACAAUGUAUAAGCUCAGUGUCCAUCAACCUAAAGCUAUCUCAUGUACCUGUAAUUACACUGACAACCAUGUUUUUUAGACAGCAACACAGCAAUGCUUCUUGGCAACGAGCAAGAACAUUUAAAACUACUAAAAUCAUUAAGGUCUGUAGCUUUUAAAACUAUCUAAAUUUAUGGGAAUGAUAGAUCCGAUCGACAACUUGAUAAUGAAUGUCAAACCCAUAUUUUUUUUUAUUUUGGAAGCUUUAGCGUUUGUAGAUAGAGAAUCGACGUACCAUAUGGCUACAGGCUAGAUCAUAUACAAUCGAAACUGUAGUUACAGGGCCCUACUAUUUGUUAUAAGUAAUGCUUAAACUCAAAGUUUCCUUCUACGCUUGCGGGGAAUUUUUCCAUUUGUUAUAAUUUAAGUAUUCUAUUUAUUUUUUAGAUCCUUGUAACUAUCAUGAUGUAACAUCUGAUAACAAAACAACAACAAUUUGUUGUUCUGUUAUCUGUUCUAUUUUGUAAAUAAAACAGUUGU